AGAGAAAGCGAUGGAGGCUGCGAGUGGACGCCGCGAGUGAUUUGCGGCGGUGGUGGCUGUGGCUGUGGUGGUGGUGGUGCACGGGGGGGAGGCUACGACGUUCAUUUUCGACAGCCGUCCGAUUCGUUCGCCGCGAGUGCGUCGCGGAUUUACUCGCAGCAAAGGAAGGGGAGAGGAGAGGAGGGACAGGGGUGGGUGGAGCGGGUGGAGCGGGCGGCUUUUGAUUUCGUUGGCACGGACGAUGCCGGGCAAAUUUUAAAUCGAACGGAUCGUGACAACUACCCCCCGCCUGCCCCCCGCAAGGCGUCUUGAGCGAGUCCCAUCGGCGGCGGGCAGCGGGCGGGGAAGGCAGCGAGGCGAAUGCACAAAUUGUGUGCGGCUGGAGCCAAGGCCUGUAAGGUGUCAGCUAGGUAGGGGGGGGGUGUGGGAGGUAGCGGAGUGGUGGGAGGCGGUCAGUGACCCCCCCCCCAGCACGACUGAAAGUUGACCACUGAGCCUGCCAGCUUCCCCGGGACACGGCAGCGGCAGCAGCAGCAGAGCCCACGGAGGGAGGAGCGAGUCAGCCGAUCAAACCAAUUCGCAGCGUCUGUCAUCUUUUUUUUUUCACGCAACCGCACACAGCAAGAAGACCAACCCAGCGAGCGAGGGCCAAGCUGAAGGAACAAAACAAAACCCCUUGGCGUCAGCCAGACAGCGAACCGGCCAGAAAAUCCAGCCGAUCGACCGGAUUGCAACCCCAGCAAAUUCAGCCAGCCACUCCAGCCAGAUAGACGCCCGUCCAGCUGAUCAGGCGCCCCAAACCCACGAGCUAGCCAGUCACAUCACCGGCAGUCCAGCCGGCCAGCCAGGCAGCCAGGCAGGCGGCCAGGCAGCAACACACGGGGCCGCUCAUUGGGCAACCAAAACGUGGAGCUGACCAGGCGGACAAGGCGUGCCGGGCGGCGCAAGGGAGGGAGCUCUGCAACAUCGUUGCGACCCCACCGGGCAGGGAAGGGUGUCGUCGCAAGGGCAGGUCGCACAGGCCAGAAUGCACUUAAAGAAGCUCUCCUUGAGUCAAUGAAGGAAAAUCAAUCUGCUUCUCCAUCGAAGCAUCUUAAGCCAGAAUAAGUGAAAAACACGCCUAAACGCCUAAAUCACGUAACCCCUUUCCUGGAAGGAAAAAAAAAACGCGUUGGCCAGCCCUGUGGACCCAGGCUUGACGCGAUGAAUAUUUUCACUUGAAUACAAAAUAAAAAAAUUAGGUGUUGUUUGAACACUUUUUUUGUACGUCCUUUGGUUCUGCUGCUUGCGCCGCGGGCGUUUGCGCGAGGUCCCUCGGUGAAAGCGCCCGGAUCCCAGGAUGGCGGCCCAGGCGCUCCGCCCGCUUCGAGCGUGCCUCUUCUUCCCCACGCUCCUGCUGCUGCUGCCCGCCGCUUGCUACGGCUCGCAGUGGGCCUCCUGGUGCCCCGAGCCGUGCGUCUGCGAGGUGCGCCCAUGGUUCACCCCGCAGUCCACCUACCGGGAGGCCCCCACCGUCGACUGCAACGACCAGCACCUGACGGGCAUCCCUCCCGGCAUCGUGACCACCACCGAGGUCCUUCUACUCCAGGGGAAUUCCAUUGCCGUCGUGCCCGACCCGAUAUCGUCGUCCCUCCUGAACCUCACCGACCUCGACUUCUCGCAGAAUAAUUUCAGCUCCGUCCUGGACACGGGGCUGUCCAACCUGACCCAGCUCGUGACCCUCCACCUGGAGGAAAACCACGUCACCGAGCUGCCCGACGGCUGCCUCAAGGACCUCGCGAAUCUGCAGGAGCUCUACCUGAACCACAAUCAGAUCCGCACCGUGGCGCCGGGAGCGUUCCGGGGCCUCUCCAGCCUCCUCCGCCUCCACCUCAACUCCAACCAGCUGAGGAGCAUUGACGCGCGCUGGUUCGCGCACACGCCCGGCCUCGAGAUCCUCAUGAUCGGGGAGAACCCCGUGUCCGGCAUCGUCGACUUCAACUUCCGGCCGCUGGCAAAUCUGCGGAGCCUGGUCUUGGCCGGAAUGGGCCUGUCAGUGCUGCCCAGCGAGGCCAUGGUGGGCCUGGACAACCUGGAGAGUCUCUCCUUCUACGACAACCAGCUGGAGCGCGUGCCCCGCGUGGCGCUGCAGAGGGUGCCCACGCUCAAGUUCCUCGACCUCAACAAAAACCCGAUCCGGCACAUCAGCGACGGCGACUUCCGCGACAUGCUGCGGCUCAAGGAGCUGGGCGUCAGCAGCAUGGCCGAGCUGGUCUCGGUCGAGAGGUUCGCCCUGGACAACCUGCCCGAGCUGACCAAGGUGGAGGCGACGAACAACCCCAAGCUGGGCUACGUCCACCGCGAGGCCUUCCGCGACGUGCCCAAGCUGGAGAGCCUCAUGCUCAACGACAACGCGCUGAGCGCCCUCUACUUCGCCACCGUGCGCUCGCUGCCCAGCCUGCGGGAGGUGAGCCUCCACGGCAACCCGCUGCGCUGCGACUGCGUCAGCCGGUGGCUGGGCGCCAACCAGACGGCGGUGCGCUUCCUCGAGCCGGAGUCGAUGCGCUGCGCGUCGCCGUCCGACGCCGAGGGGCGCGACGCGCGGGAGGCGGCGUCCCUCGGCGGGGCCCUCGCCGAGGCCUGCCUGCCGCUCAUCGCGCCGGCCGCCCUGCCCUCGAAGCUCGAGCUGCAGCCGCACGCGAGCGCCACGCUGGAGUGCAGCGCCGUCGGAGAGCCCGAGCCCGCCAUCUACUGGGUGACGCCGCGCGGGGACAGGGUGGCCGCCGACUCGCCGCCCGGCCGGUACCGCGUGGAGCUCGAGGGGCGGCUGGUGAUCUCGGACGCGCGGGGCGACGACGCGGGCCUGUACACGUGCGUGGCGCACAACUCGGAGGGCGCGGACACGCGCGGCGUGACGCUGCGCGUGACGGGCGGGCCGGCGGGCCCCGGCGGGGUGGAGGCACGCGGGCUGACGCUCGCCGUGAAGGGCGUCGACGCACGCUCGGUGCUCGUCGUGUGGCAGGUGAACCCAGACACGCUGACGCCGUCGGACGUCAAGUGGUCGUCGGCCACCGUCAAGGUGGAGAGCUCGCGGGCGUCCUACACGGCGCACGUGCCCGUGGGCGUGCGCGAGUACAACCUGACGCACCUGCAGCCCGCCACCGCCUACGCCGUGUGCCUGGCCGUCGCCACGGCCCAGCAACGCGCCGCUCGCCGCUCCUGCGUCAACGUGACGACGCGCUCGGCGCCCCUCCUGGUGAGCCCCGCCGAGCGGCAGGCGAACGUCGCCACGGCCGCCGCCGCCGCCUCCGUCUUCGCGGCGCUCACCCUGGCGUCGCUCGCCGCCUGCGCCGUCAGGCGGCUCAGGCGGAGGUCCUACGACCAGUCGCUGAAGCAGUACGUGCAGAAGGGCUCCUCCAUCCCGCUCGACGAGCUCUACCCGCCGCUCAUCGGCCUGUGGGAGGCGGAGGGCGGCGAGCGGGAGAAGGAGGGCGCGGAGGGGAAGGCGUCCGCCUCCUCGUCCGCCACGUCGCAGGUGGACACCUCGCGCAGCUACUACAUGUGGUAGGAGGCGGUUGCCGAGGCGGCAAGCCGCCCUCGGAGGUA